UCCUGCAAAAUGAUGAAUUCUAAUCAGGAGGAGGUCACGUUGGGCACUUUUCUCCAGUAUAUUGAAGAUAUGGGGAUGAAGGCCUAUGAUGGCUUGGUUAUACAGAAUGCAUCAGACAUUGCUCGAGAGAAUGAUCGCAUGAGGAAUGAAACAAACCUGGCUUACUUGAAAGAAAAGAAUGAAAAACGCCGUAAACAAGAAGAAGCAAUAAAACGCAUAGGUGGAGAAGUCGCGAGAGGAAAUGAAGGAAGCUAUGUGGGCAAACAUUUCCGCAUGGGAUUUAUGACAAUGCCUGCUCCUCAGGACAGACUGCCGCAUCCUUGCUCUAGUGGCUUUACCGUGAGAUCCCAGUCUCUUCAUUCGGUUGGGGGUACCGAUGAUGAAAGCAGUAGCUGCUCUCGUAAACAACCUCCACCAAAACCUAAACGAGAUCCCAACACCAAACUGAGCACCUCAUCUGAAACGGUCAACUCUGGAACAAGUAAGAGUGGGAAACUACCGGACAAGACUGAAGCGUCGGCCAAACCAAGACCUCACAGUGAUGAAUAUACCAAGAAGAUCCCUCCUCCUAAGCCUAAACGAAAUCCAAACACUCAGCUAAGCACAUCUUUUGAUGAAACGUACAUCAAAAAGCACGGCCCCAUGAAGACAACACUCACUAGGGAUGCCUCUUUAUCGCAAGUCAGCAGUCCUGCCCCAGACACAGAAGAAGAAGAGCCUGUUUAUAUUGAAAUGGUUGGGAAUAUACUAAGAGACUUCAAGAAAGAUGAGGAUGACCAAAGUGAAGCAGUCUAUGAGGAGAUGAAAUACCCUAUAUUUGAUGAUGUAGGCCAAGAUUCAAAGUGUUCAUGUGAAUAUGACCAUCACAGUUGUUCUUCUCAGUGUGCUACUCCCACAGUGCCUGACCUAGAAUUCACCAAGUCCUCAGUGCCAUCUACUCCCAAGGGCUUGCUUUGUGAUAUCCCCCCACCAUUUCCAAAUCUACUUUCUCAUAGACCUCCACUACUGGUGUUCCCGCCAGCACCAGUGCAGUGUUCCCCAAAUUCUGAUGAGUCUCCUUUAACUCCACUGGAAGUCACAAAGCUUCCUGUAUUAGAAAAUGUGUCUUACAUCAAACAACAAGCUGGAGCUUCUCCAUCUUCACUGCCACCUCAUACACCGGGCCAUCAAAAACUGGAGAAAGACCAGACAGUAUCUCAUGGAACUACUACUCCUGGGCACUCCUCCUCACCUCCUCAUCCUUCUACCUUAUACAGAACCCAGUCUCCGCAUGGCUACCCUAAAAGUCACUCUGCCUCACCCUCUCCUGUCAGUAUGGGUAGGUCUCUUACCCCCUUAAGCCUCAAAAGACCUCCACCUUAUGACUCUGUACAUUCAGGAAGUCUCUCAAGAAGUUCUCCAUCAGUGCCUCAUUCUACAGCCAGAAACACGUUGCAAGAAGGGGGAAAGAUGGUAAAUGCCUCGGCCAAUACCUACGGGUCAUCAUCACAGAGUGGUUCACGUUCUAGAACACCUACCAGUCCUUUAGAGGAACUAACCAGCCUCUUUACCUCAGGACGAAGUUUACUGAGGAAGUCGUCCAGUGGCAGAAGAUCUAAAGAGCCUGCAGAGAAACCAUUAGACGAGUUGAAGAUCAGGAGCCACAGUACUGAACCACUACCAAAGUUGGAAAACAAAGAGAGAGGAGGUCACCAUGGGACAGCUUCCUCCAGGGAGUCAAUAAAAGCUCAGGAAUGGGAUGGAACGCCAGGACCACCAGUUGUGUCCAGCAGACUGGGAAGAUCCUCUGUUAGUCCAACGAUGUUGGCAGGAAACAACAGCUCAGAGCCUAAAGCAAGCUGUAGAUUAGGUCGAUCUGCAUCCACAUCAGGUGUGCCUCCUCCAUCAGUUACUCCUCUCAGGCAAGCCAGCGAUCUCCAACCCAGCCAGGUGACAUGUAUGCAGUGGUUGCAUGGGGACCAUACAAUGCUGGAAAUGAUUGAGAAAAAGCGUUGUUUGUGCAAAGAAAUAAAGGCUCGACAGAAAUCAGAGAAAGGACUUUGCAAACAGGACAGCAUGCCCAUUUUGCCGAGUUGGAAGAAGAACACUGGGAACAAGAAAUACAGCCCCCCUCCUUAUUCCAAACAACAAACUGUUUUCUGGGACACAGCGAUAUGA